AUGGAAAACUAUAGUGGCAGUGAAAAUGCUUAAGAAGAUCUAAGCCUCUACAUUAUUGAAUAACUUUAAGUCCUUAAUACAGCAGUGAGAUAAAUUCUAGAGAGUCAUAACAUAGAAAGUCACAUUAAAUACUAAGUUGAUGGAGCAUUUAAUGAUUCUGAGAUUAAAGUAUUAGAAAUAUUAAAGCAGUCUUUAAUGAAGGAAUAUUGUAAGGACCUGAAGCAAACAGUUUAAGAUGAAACUUUGAAAUCCCAAUUUGAACUGUAAAGCAAGCUCUCAAAGUGUGAUAUGCCUUCCAUACAAAACUCUGAAGGCAUUGACUAAAUCUAGAGCAAAAUAGAUGAGAUAUCCGAGUAUAUAACAAAAGUUGAUGAUAAAAUCUAGGAAAUUGUUACUAAGUAUGAGAAGAGACCUAAGACUCUACUUUAAAACUACGAAUCAAAGAAGCCAAGAGUUUAGGAAUAUGAAAGAAGUGAUGAUUAGGAAGAGAAUAUGAUAUCAGAGAGUCCUUUAUUUAAAAUUACAAAAUUAGACAAUGAGCUGAAGGGGUUGAUGAAAGAUUAAGAUCACUAAAAUGAAUCUGAAGAAUAUCAUAAUAGAUUAUAAGUGAAUUAAGAUUUUAAGCUCUAAGAUUUAGAUGACACAGAGUUAAAUGAGUCUAGCAAUCUCAAUAAGAAUAUCACAGAAGACUCAUUUUCUUAUUAAGAUCACAUAAGCUAAAACCAGUAAUUAUCAGCUGCUGAUAAGAAAAUCGAGGCAUUACAGCAAUCAUUUAAUGUGAGUGUCUGUAUCCAGUCAAAGAAAAUGGAUGAAAUCUAAGUAAGCACAUCUACAGCAUAAACUAGCAAACCUAAAACAACGACUAAGAAUUCGAUGUAGACUGACAAGCACAAAGCAUUUAAUAAAAAUAAAGAAAAUAAUAAGUAAAUCUCAAAUCUAGAUAAUUCUAAUAACGCUGGCCAUGCCUCAGUUAAACAAAACCAAAGAGAAAGCUCAAAGUCAAUGAAUAGGCUUUAGCAGAAGAAUCAAGUGACAAAGAAUAGCAAACAGCCUAGUACAUCCAAGUCAACUGCCAAUACUACUACAACUACUUAAAACCCCAAAAAUUCCUAAUCUAACACAAGAAUAUCUCUAAUGGACAAAGUCAAAUCUAAUAAUCCCAAUAAAGCUGAGGAGACUAAGGUUAAAAGAGAGUAGACAAGAGAAAAAAGCUCCAAUAAUAGAAAUAUAUCAGUACCAAGACUCUAGCUUAACACUGUUCAAUCAGAUCAAGCUAAGUAAGAGACAUUUCUAGGGUUCACUAUUUUAAAUAAAAACCUUGUUGAAGUUGAGAACAAGCAAAAUAACUUCUCAGGGCUAUUAUCACCUAUCAAUCUUAAAUAAAGUGAUAGAGAUAUCUCUAGUAAACUUGACGAGUUGUAUAAGAGCUAUGAGACUAAAGAAAAGAUAUUUGGAUUUGGAGGUAAUAGUAGCAAGCAGCAGCAGUAAAAACCAUCUCUACUAAAUCAAUCACUGUUGGAUGAUGAAGUGCUGUUGAAUGAUUCAAGAGAUGAAAUCAGAUUCGAAGAAAAUGCCAUCGAUACUGGUAGACAAGUGCAGAGAGAACCUGAUAUGAAUAAAGAAACCCCUCUGAGGAAGGUCAAUGAUUUCUUCAGCUAACUUAAAUUUGAAUGA